AUGAGAGAAGGGACCCAAACGCGAACACCGCCUUCUAAUCCACCACCGUAUGAAGAAGGACCUAUAGAAAUCGAUGGUAAUCAACCAUCAGUGAAUCCGAAUGGUCUGGAUGAGUUGGUGCUGGAGAAUUCUCCCGAGAAGAGAAACAUCCCUUAUAGGCCUGACAAGCAUCUUCAAAAACAGAUCAAUAGAUUAAUGCUGCCUACGCCUUUGAUGACUUCCCCUUCAGGUACCAGAACAGAGUAUUUCGACCUUCUUCCUUCUUUUCAGCUUUAUCAAUCUAUCCUCAAAAGAAACGACUUUGAGUUUGAUGAAAAUGCCUUGGGUAAUCCUCCUGUCUAUGGGGAAAUUGAUAGUAGGGAUGGGCAAUUCCGGACUAGCAUUACUACAGACAAUCGGUCGAACAACUUUCAAAACUUUGGCGAGCUUGACGAUGAGAACUCUAAUCAAGCGAGCUACCUAUUUUCAGAAGUUGAAGCAAAUGAUGGCUAUCAAGUCGACAAUUCUAGGGAUUCAUCGAACGUGUCCGAGACCCACGACAGGGACGGGGUAUUAUCUCAUGAGAGCUACGGAUGCUCCGUUCUCGAUAAUAUCGACAAGCUCCCUGUUGCCAGGAGCUCCCCCUUAUCUGUUCAAAUAUUUGUUACGAAAGAUGUUCCUGUCCCAAAUAAAGCGAAUGAGCUAGAAAAUAAAUUAAAGGAAUACUCUUGUGGAGAUAUAGUCAAUGGCUACAUUAUUAUUGCUAAUACAUCUAAUAGAGAUGUUGAUUUUGGGUUAUUCACAGUAAGCCUCGAAGGGGCAGUGAAGGCUAUAUCCUUGCCAUCUAAGCAAGAUGCCUUGCUGGAGAAGUACUCCGCAAAGAUCAUGCUUAAAAAGUUUCUUAAGAUGUAUGAUCUUAAUGCAAGUUAUAAUUAUGGCGUUAUACCAAGCUCUGCUGGUAUACAAUACGAUCCUGACACCCGCGAUCACCAUGAUGGCUGUAUUCUUGGUCUACCCGAUAAUCGCAUACUCAAAGCGGGAGAACGCUACAAAAAGUUUAUUACGUUCAAAUUUCCCGAAAUGCUUUUAGACAGCGCGUGUCCGCAUGAUGUCAUGAGACAUACAAUGCCUCCCCCCUCGUUUGGUAUCGAGAAUCGAUUUCACGCUGGACAAACCAUAGAGGUGAAUAAGGCCCUAGGAUAUGGAACCGUUAAUAAUAGAGGCUCUCCGAUACGCUUACGCGAUUUCUCCUUCGACAACCUAAGUGUUAGCUACGCUAUUGAGGCUAAAUUCAUUGAUAAACAGCAUGCAAAGACCCAGGAUUGUCCAAUCGAUGCAAACGAGAUAAACAACCCUGAUCCUUCCAAUGAAUCAAAAUACGUUAUCUCUAAAAAAACCGAAUUUUUUUUGAGAUUCAUCCCAAAUGUUAAGUCGCAAAUUGAGACUUAUAGUCGGGCUUAUAGGAAUUUUCGAGAGGACACUUUUGAUGAAUUAGGAAUCGAUGGAAUGUUCCAUAGUCAAUUAGCAAGUACGCUCACCUGGAAGAAGAUAAAUGCAAUGCGGCGCUGUAUUGAGGAGGAGAUUCGCUCUAGCGUUAAUCAAAAUGAGGCCAAGCGAGACGACGUCAAAAGGAAGAAUAUUCUUUUCAAUAACAAGCCGUUGAAUAGGGGUGGGAUGAAGGAAGAUGUCCCACUGUCAGUGCCGUCCUCCAAUAGCAAUACAAUCAUAUCUUCCCCUACGACUAUUUAUUUGAAGAGACGAAAGCGCCUUUUAAAUUCUUCCGUCAAGAUUGGCAGUCUGAGGAUGGCUGUUACGAUUCCUAACAAGCUCAUUCCGUACGCAUCACCUCGGCUACUCCAAAAAUAUAACAAAGGUUCAUCACAGACUAGUAACGAUGUUGGCCAGACCCUAUGCGAUAUUUCAACGGGCGGUGUUUCACUCCAACCCGUGAGCAGUAAUAUGGAAGAACUAUACAACCGUGAUGAUGAGAUUCUCAUAAAAUCUGUCAAAGCAAAAAUUUACUUUGAAAGCUACGAAAAAUCUAUGAAGCCUCCCCAGUUGGGUCUGAUAGACUUUAACAUUAUUGCUUGGACAUAUCGCACAGAAUACCCUAUCCCUUUGACGUUAGAGCACGAUCUUUUCUAUACAGAUCCUGGAUCGAACGACAUAUCAUUUGAUGGAAUAGAUGAUGCCAAUACCCAUGAAAACUUGAGAUUGCUUAAAGAGAGCAUAAAUGAUAAAAUUGACUACUUGCGGAGCACUGGUACCUUCGUUUCGCAGGGUACUUUCUCCUAUUUAAAGGGAUUAAGUAAGUUGGGAGUCAAGAAAGACACCAUCCAACAUUUUUUUACGCCAAUUGUCUCAGCAUCAAAACCCGAACUCUUCAAUUGCACCUGGAAAGCUCGCGAGCUAAUCAAUGGAAACAUCGAGUGGUCUUGCGAGCUUGACAUCCCCCUUCAAAUUGCGAAUAAGAACAACUACACACUUAUUCCAAGCUUCCAAAAUUGUCUAGUGGGCCGCUUGUACGCCCUUCAAAUGGUGGUUAAGUACAAGGGCGGCGAUGAAGGAAGCAAUCAGCUUAAAAUUGACAUACCUGUUUUGGUAGGGUGA